CGUGAUUUUUGUAUUUUACCGUACGUUGUGGUGUCAAGACCGGUACGGCUUGUUAAAUUAUUACUAUUAUAACAAUAUAUUCCUUUUUGCAUUUUGCUCCAAAUUUGUAAAGUGUUAUUGUUAUAUUUUUUGUCGUGUCAAUAACUUAUAUUUUUUUACCGUUGUGAACCAUAGGGGCCAUUUACUAUUUAGUAAACCAUUUUUGUUCGAGUGUGCGUUAAGCCCUGAGUUAUUGGAUGCUGCCGUAUCAGCACAGCUGUGCAUCAAACUAUCUAUUAUUAACUGUUAUUCACAGGACCAGCUGGCUAGUCUGCGCUCCACAAACUAGCUUGGCAAUGGCUGGACCGUGUUUCAUACAGGCCGGAAUCGGCAUAGAAUUCACAUGUUCGACAAUAAUUGUUGGAGCGUUAGCGAGCGAUAAGAGCAAAGACGUACUUCCACCUUUGACGGACGAACAAGCGUCUUGGCUCGGUAGUUUUCUGUUCUUGUUCACACCCCUGGGAAGUGCGCUAUCAUCGUUAAUGCUGAACCGCUUUGGUCACAAAACCUGCAUGAUAUUAAUCAACGUACCGUUCCUAGUAUCACAGAUCAUGUUAUUUUACGCUAACAGCGUCGGGACAUUGUAUGUGUGCUCGAUGCUGAUGGGGCUUAGCGUCGGAUACUCGGGAGGCCCGACUUCCGCCUACAUCGGUGAGGUGUGCGAGCCCAAGCUGAGGGGCGCGCUGAUGUCGGUGACAAAUGUCUUCUACUACGCUGGAUCGUUCCUGUUUACGUUGAUAUACGCGUUCACAUUGGACUGGAGGCUCACCGUACUCAUCGGCAUGUCGAUUCCGAUCGUGAACAUCGUCAUACUGUUUAUGACACCGCAAUCUCCAAUGUGGUUGUUGACCAAAGGCAAAUCAUUAAAGGCUCAGCGAACUCUUGCCAAAUUGAGGGGAUGGCCGUCACAAGAAACGGGUUCAAGCAAAGAGUUCAAAGAAAUGAUAGCUUUUACGUCUACUGCAGUACACGAUAAUGACGACAUCGAGAAAGAUGAGAAAGGCGCAACGAGUUCUUGGGGACAACUUCUUCGGCCUGAAGUGUACAGACCGUUCCGUCUGUUAAUGGUAUACUUUUUUUACGCGAAUUUAAUGUCCGGAGUACAGUACGGGCCGUAUCUACUGCAAAUUUUUACCGAUUUCGGUGCACCCGUUAACGUCGAAUUUACAUUAGCAUUUUCAGUAUUGUUAUCAACAAUUGGAGGAAUAUUGACCAUAUUCUUUAUCAGCAAAUUCGGUAAACGAUUCCUUACGUUGUCGGCGUUAUUAAUUUGCUCAAUUUGUUAUAUAAUGAUCGGAUUAAUUGGUGUGUACUGGACAAACUCAAAACCUUUAACUGCUUGGUUAGUGUUAAUAUUCUUUCUAACUACAAUUUUCUUGGCAUCGUUUGGAAUAAUGCCUAUUGCAUGGAUACUUUUAAGUGAAAUAUUUCCAAUGAAGAGUAGAAAUAUCACCUGUAGCGCUGGUACGGCAUUUGGUUACUUAAUGACUUUCUUCAUGAUCAAGUAUUAUCUUGAUUUCUCAAACUUUGUGAACUUUUACAAUACAUUUACUAUAUUUGGAAUUUCUGGUUUAUUUGGUGCUGUAUAUUUUUACUUUUAUCUACCAGAAACUGAAAACAAAACAUUACAAGAUAUAUCUGCAUUUUUCAAAUAGAAUGUGUAGUACAAAAUAUUGCCAUAAUAUACUUAAAUAAAAAUCACAGGAUAGUUAAUUACGACGAUCCAUACAGAUGGUGGGGUGAUGCCAUAUUAUUGCAAUAUACAUAUAUAUACAUACAUACAAUUUAUUAUAUACACACACAGUACAAUUUGCAACACAUAAAAUAUAAUACCGACUACGUCUCCACUCGAUGUAAGAUCGGACGCUCUACAAAAUUACAAGAAUUAUGCUUCACCAGUGGUCCUUACGUUGCUCCGUAUAGUAUAAACUCAUAAACGCAUCGAGAUACCUUAACGUUCCGUUUAACCUAUAUACACCAAUAAUAAAGGGAUUACGCCAAAAUCAUCCAAUUUAAGGAUCAUACAAAAUCUACUCGGAAACAGUAUUUUCCACAAGAAGAUCCAAUGCACAACGUCCUCGUCAGUCUACACCGUGAUACACUUUUUCACAGUUCAAAGGUGUUAUUAUAUCGCUGUUCGUAUUAUUUUGUAUAUUUCAUCAUCCAAGCAUUCGGCGUGACUAUUUAUUUAAUUUUCUUUCAUUAUAAACUAAACCCAUUUUGUUAAUUAUUUAUCCACCUCACUCCUUAUAAAUUCACCCAUAGGGCCUUAGAAUAUUAUAAUAGUCAUUACCUUAGACACAAUAAAAUAGUUCAUAUAACUAGUGUUUCGUCUAGUCGUACGUUUAUGAUAUUUUUAACCUGUAUAAAUAAUUAAGUUUUAUGUUAACUGUUAAUUUUUAGUUCUUUUAAAUGUUUGUAACAAUUCAUCGACAUUCUGAUUUUUGUUUUGUAUGACAUAGGUACUUUAUAUGCCUUUAUUUUUAUUUUAUUGUAUAUAUUUGUUAUGUACGUAGUUUAUAUUUCAAAAAUAUAUUUUCAAGUUAAAGAAA